CCUGAAUCUCUCUCAGUAGUGCGGGAGUCAACCUCUGCACUUACAAUGUCUAAAACCGGAGCCAAGAUCAGUUUCUACGAAGACAGAAAUUUUCAAGGCCGCCGCUAUGACUGCGACUGUGACUGCGCAGACUUCCGCUCGUACCUGAGUCGCUGCAACUCCAUUAGAGUAGAAGGUGGCACCUGGGCUGUGUACGAAAGGCCCAACUUCGCGGGGCACAUGUACAUCUUACCCCAGGGCGAGUACCCUGAGUACCAGCGUUGGAUGGGCCUCAAUGACCGCCUGGGCUCUUGCAGAGCUGUUCAUCUGUCUAGUGGAGGCCAGUACAAGAUUCAGAUCUUCGAAAAGGGUGACUUCAGUGGCCAGAUGUACGAAACCACGGAGGACUGCCCUUCCACCAUGGAGCGGUUUCACUUGCGGGAGAUCCACUCCUGUAAGGUACUAGAAGGCACCUGGAUCUUCUAUGAGCUGCCCAGCUAUCAUGGCAGACAGUACCUUCUGGACAAGAAGGAGUACCGGAAGCCCGUGGAUUGGGGUGCAGCGUCCCCCGCUGUCCAGUCAUUCCGCCGCAUUGUGGAGUGAUGGUCUGAGUGGGAUCGUAGAGUUCUCCCUGAGGGCUGAACUCUGCUGGCUGGCUUGUGGUCCAAAUAGGCAACGUAAAUAAAAGCAUUGGAAUGCAUCCCA